AUGAUUUGUAUAAAUCCCAAUGGUAUUAUUCGUUGGAAAGUUUAUAUUGAACAUGUACCAGAUAUGAUUCCAACAGGUGUUUCAAAUAUUGUUGUCGAUCGAAAUGGUACAAUUUAUUAUAUUGUUUCAUGGGCAAACAGUCAAUCAUAUACAGCUAACUUAUGUCGUAUUACACAAGCAAAUACAGAUUAUCCAAAUCAACUGUGUGUUAGAAAUUACCAAUUAUUUGGUGGUAUAACUCAGCCAUUAGCUUACAACGAAAUAUAUGAUUUACUAAUAACUGCUGUUGUUGAUAAUAAAUUUGGAUCUGUAUCAGCAGCUAUUGACAAAACAUCACUUGAGAUUCUAUGGAUAAAUAGACAUUAUUUUGGUGCUGGUACAGGUGGCCAUUAUAAAAUUGAUAAUGGAACAGGUUAUAUGUAUUGGAUUGGGGAUGAUGAUUAUCUUCUCAAAUUUGAUCAAAAAGGUAAUCAUACUUUGAUUGAUGGAUUAGUAGAAAUUGUACAUAGUAAACCAUCCCAAAUAAAUUAUUACAUGUAG